AUGUGGCAUGUUUCACCUGAGACAAUGCCCUGCGACGAUGCCCUGCGUCAAUGCCUUCGGACACAUGCACCUGUGCAGCUCAAGGUGCUGGAGCUCAACAACAACGAGCUCGCGGGUUCGAUUCCGGACGCCAUCGGCAAUCUGAAACUGCUGCAGGACGUGUCGCUGGCGGAGAAUCGCCUUACAGGCCGCGUGCCCCGAGGACUCGACUACCUGCGCGCCAGCCGCACCGCCCAUUACAACUUCUCCGCCAAUGGCGCCGGCUUCUGCGGAACCGGAUUCACCGGCCUAACGGCCUGUCCGGGCGAUCCGCCGUACGUCCCGCUGCCCAAGCUGCCGCCGAAAACCCCCACACCCAGGAUUCCCGUCACUCCCACACCCAAGCCCAAGACCCCCGUUACACCCACGCCCAGGAUUCCCGCGAAUGACGGACUCAAGGAACCCGCCCUGUCCGUCGCCGCGGGCGGCGCCUGGGCGGCAAAGAAGCAGAAGCAGACAAAUCGUACCGGCGCCAAGCCGCCCUCCUCCGUCGCCGCGUCUGUCGGCUCCCCAGGAGCGCGCUCCUUGGCCGUCGAUGUCGAGAUGGGCGGCGAGAUGAACGGCUGUCUGCCGUCCUCGCGCGAUCGCGCUGUGUUCCCCGCUGCCGCCUCGCCGACAGGCGGCGCGUCGCGCUCGGCGGCUGUAGCAGGACCGGCUGUAGCGGGAGCCGCGGCGGCGACAGCGGGGGCUGCUGCUGUGGCGGCUACAGCCAGGCAAGCGUCGCGCGGACGAUCGGAGAGGAACGAGCGACAGGGUGGGACGCCACCGAGGCGGUCGCCCAGACCUGCGGAGCAGCCCCGGAAACCGGCGGCUUGGGAGCAGCCUCAGGGGCAGGCUCGGGGGCCGGGGCAGAGCGGAUCGUUCGGCCGGCAGGAGGAUGAGUCAAGGAAUGGGAGCGAGAGGGGCAGCGCUGCUGGUGGUGCAGCUGGUGCUGCUUCUGUUGCUUAUUACGACAGUGCGUACUUGCCCCAGUCGAGUGACAAAGCGACGGCGUAUGGCAGUGCGAGCGUCGCGAGUGUGGUGCGCAGCAGCGCCAACACCCCCAGCCCUGUGAAGGCCCUCGGCGGGUGGGGCGCGCCGAGGGCUCAGCGCGCUGCCGUGGCUGACCCGGUUGCAGCGAGAGAGGCCGAGAGGGAGAGGGAGGGCGGGAGAGAGUGGGGUAAGGAGAGUGAGAGUGAGAGCGAGAGCGAGAGUGAGGGGCCAGGGUCACAAUCAGUGGUGUCGUCAGUGGUGAGUAGGGACAGAGGGUGGGACGAUGCCAGCAAGGGCGGCUCUCUCAUGGGCGCGACCGCCGUUCACGCCCACAACAGCAGUGGCGCGACUCGUGUGGCUGCACCUGCUGUGCCUUCUGCCGCCACGUCUGCUGCCACGUCGGCUGCCACGUCGGCUGCAAUGCCUGCUGCAAUGUCUGCUGCGUUUGCAGCUGCGACUGCAGCAGCGAGCAGGGGGCGAGUUGGGGGGCAGUCAGCAGCAGCGGCGUCUGCAACCACUGGUGCGUCUGCUGCAUCUGGUGCGAGCAGCGAUCGGGAUUCAGACACGGAGGAGAUCGAGAUGGAGGAGAGUGGAGGGGGGUACGGGAGAGUGGCUGCAACGCCGGCUGUUACCAGCGCUGCAGUAGUGGGUAAGGGGGUUCUAGGGGACAGCCCUCGCAAGCCAGGGGCAGGAGCGCCAAGGGCAGGUGCAUCUGGGGCAGGCGGAACUGGAGCAGGUGUAUCUGGGGCAGGUGGUGCUGCUGGGGCAGGCUCAUCUGGCGUGCGGGUGGGGGUGUAUGGGCCUGCUGGGAGGUCCCUGCGAGUGACAGACCUGCACGCAGCAGAGGGGGAACGCGGGGAGGAGGAGGAGGAGGAGAGCAGCGUUACGAGUGAGAGCAGUGAUAGCGAUUACCCCGGAGUUAAACAGCCUUUAACAAGCACUAGAGCGGCAGUAGCAGCAGGAGCAGGAGGAGGAGGAGCAGCAGUAUCGCCUGCUAUUCCCAGGGGCUGGGCAGGCGCAUCUGCUGCCACUGUGGCUGCCGCAACUGCUGCUAUCUCGCCCUCUCGUGCUGCUCCUGCUGGUGCUGCUGGAGUGGUCACUGGCAGAAGCAGUGGCAGGGGAGAGGGAUUGGAAGGAGAGAGGACGGAUGGAGAUACGUCUGACACGUCAGCAGAUGGUGACGAGGCAGCAGGGCACGGUUUGGAGCGGUACUUCACGGUUGCUGAGCUGGCACUGGCGACGAACGACUUCGGGCGGCAGAGUGAGCGCAGUGUGCUGGGCAGCGGGCGGCACGGCACUGUUUACCGCGCGCGGUUACCCGAGGGGACCACGGUGGCCGUGAAACGACUGAGUGACAAAAAUUUGGAGCAAUCUCCCCGCGAGUUCAAGUUUGAAAUAGACUCGCUAGCGCAGGCCAAGCACCCCAACCUAGCGGCAGUAUUAGGGUGCUGUGUGGAGGGCGACGAGCGCAUGCUGGUGUACGAGUACCUGCCCAACGGCUCCCUGGACGCCUGGCUCUACCAGACGGCUGCUGGAGGGUCGGCGGAUACGCUGGACUGGCCCAUGCGCAUGCACGUGGCUAUUGGCUGUGCCAAAGGGUACGUGCUUCCUCCUCUCUUCUCACUUGUUGCCUCUCUCUCUCUCUCUCUCUCUCUCUCUCUCUCUCUCUCUCUCUCUCUCUCUCUCUCUCUCUCUCUCUCUCUCUCUCUCUCUCUCUCUCUCUCUCUCUCUCUCUCUCUCUCUCUCUCAACCCGUGCUUGCUGCAUGCAUACGCAUGUGGGUGUAGGCUAUGCCAAAGGCUUGGCCCACCUGCAUGGCGGCAUGGCGGUGAAGGUGGUGCACAGGGACGUGAAGGCGUCUAACGUGCUGCUGGACGCGCAGUGGAACGCCAAGCUGGGCGACUUCGCCCUGGCCAAGGCCAUGGGGAGGGAGCAAGGGCACGUGGGCACGCGAGUCAUGGGCACGUUUGGGUACGUGGCGCCGGAGUACAUGAACACGGGGCUGCUCACGGAGCGCAGUGACGUGUACAGCUUUGGCGUGCUGCUGCUCGAACUCAUCUCCGGCCGCCCGCCCAUCGACAACGAGGCUCCCUCCGACCAGGUGGACUUGGUGCGGUGGGUGCGCGCCAAGGCAGCAGAGGAGCGGCUGUUAGAGGUGCUGGACCCGCGGCUGCAGGGCACGGUGCAGGCAGACGAUGUGGAGUACGCGCUGGGCGUGGCGCUGCGAUGCGUGGAGCCCAAUGCACUUAAGCGCCCCAAGAUGCCGCAGAUCGUGCACAUGCUGGAGAGCGAGGACCCCAAGCAGAGGGACGACUGGGUGGCGAGGAGGCCCAGCCCAUCCAGUGCGCGCUCCCUGGCCUACCGCGACCCCUCCCCCCGCGCCGCCUUCCGCCACUGCGACUCCUCCCCCCGCACACACCCCCCGCGCGACUCCUCCCCCCACACCGCCAUCCGAGAGCCCUCCCCCCGCGCCCCCUACUUCCGCGACCCCAGCCCCCGCGGGUGCCCCGCUGCUGCCUCUGUUCCCGGAAGGUCUGGUGGGUACGGCAGCGGUGGGGGAGGGGGCGGGGGUGGUGCUGCUUGGUCAGAUUCGAGUAGAGGGACGAGUCCCCGGAUAGGGGGGGCUGGAUCGAUGUCACAGAACAGUGCUUACUACGGCAUGCCAGGCUCGGCAAGGGCUCCUGAGCCUUACCGAGCCAGCAGCAGCAGCCCGAGGCAGUACGGGAUGCCAGGCUCGGCAAGGGCUGCCGAGCCGUACCGAUGCAGCAGCAGCCCGAGGAUAGGCGGCUCGCCGAGCGUGAACAAUAGCUACUAUCCGUCCCGCAACGCGGCUAGCCCCACCGCUCCGGACAUUGGAGCCAUGAUUGCGUCUGCUGCCAUGCGGACAUCUAGCCCCCGGGGUAUGACCGGAGGUUCCCCUGGCGUGGGAACGAUGGGCAUGUCGCCACGAGUGGCGAGCCCGAGGCCAUCGAGUCCGCGCAUGCAGAAUGGGGGGGAUGCGGGGAGUGUGAUUGCCAGCCAUGCCAUGAGCAUGAGCACAUACAGGCGCCAGGGCUCCUGGAGUAGGAGAUGA